CAGGGGAGGGGCUCGCCACCGUCACUCUCCAUGGGCUCUGGCCCCGACGGUGUUUAAAGGGCGGAGGGCUGGGCCGGGCUGGUCGCACCCGGGCGCUGCUGGCGGCCAAGCUGGAUGGGUCGCCAGUGAGUUUCGGUGCGGCACCGCUGGCCCAGGCCCGGGCGCGGCUGGACAUGGCCACCUACUGCGACGACCUGGGCCCCUCCUCGGCCCCGCCCGGCCAGGCCCAGGCCACUGCGCACCCCCCGGGCUAUGAGCCAGGGGAUCUGGGCGCGGUGGGCGGGGGCCCCCUCCUGUGGGUGAACGCGCCAGCGCUCAGCCCCAAGUCUUACGCUUCGGGUCCCGGGCCUGCGCCGCCCUACGCGGCCCCGGGCUACGGGGCUCCCGGCCCGCUCCUCGGCGCCCCGGGCGGCCUGGCGGGCGCCGACCUCGCCUGGCUGAGCCUCUCCGGCCAGCAGGAGCUGCUGAGGCUGGUGCGGCCGCCCUACUCCUACUCGGCGCUCAUCGCCAUGGCCAUCCAGAGCGCGCCGCUGCGGAAGCUGACGCUCAGCCAGAUCUACCAGUACGUGGCUGGUAACUUCCCUUUCUACAAGCGCAGCAAGGCGGGCUGGCAGAACUCCAUCCGCCACAACCUGUCGCUCAACGACUGCUUCAAGAAGGUGCCCCGCGACGAGGACGACCCAGGUAAAGGCAAUUACUGGACCCUGGACCCCAACUGCGAGAAGAUGUUUGACAACGGGAACUUCCGAAGGAAGAGGAAGAGGAGAGCUGAAGCCAGCGCGGCCGUGCGCUCGGGAGCCAGGAGCGUGGGAGGGGCUGAGGCGCCAGCGCUGGAGCCCCCGAGCGCGGCUUGCCUGGACCUGCAGGCCUCGCCCUCUCCAUCCGCACCCGAGGCCGCCACCUGCUUCUCCGGUUUCGCCUCGGCUAUGAGCGCUCUGGCUGGCGGCCUUGGCACCUUCCCCGGGGGCCUGGCGGGCGACUUUUCUUUCGGGAGGCGGCCACCGACGGUCGCCACCCACGCUCCCCAGACCCUUAGCCCCUCCCCUGGCUUCGCCCCUGGCGACCAGACCGCGGCCACCGGCUUCCGCCUCAGUCACCUCCUCUACAGCCGGGAAGGGACCGAAGUUUGAAGGGAGGCUGGAGGCUAGCCGGGUGCGGGUCCAGAGGUGCUGAGCUCAGGCCUCCGGUUUCCCCUGGUGACAGCCCCACGUGUUGGCGUUGAAGGCCUUGGUGCCCUGGGAGGAAGCGCAGAGCCGGGGGCGGCUCGGCCAGCAGGGAGCUGGGCUGAGCGGCUCUUGGGCUUUGGGGUGGGUGGCCCUUCUGCUGUGCACCCCUCAUCCAGGCGACCUUCGGAGCCUCCCUGCUCUGCCUCUAAGUCCAGCCGCCCUGGGCAUCUAGAACCUGUGCUCUCGAGGGAUUUGCCUUGAAGGGGCGGCGGGUCGGCCCUCAGCUCCAGCGUUUUCCAAGGAGGCUGGCUGGCUCCAAAGAGCCUUAGAGCAGGUGGGAAGAAGGUGGGCUGCCAGAGCGGCCCGGGUGGUGGGGGCCCUUUCCAUCUCCACCCAGCUUGGCCGACCUGGCUCAGGGCCUUCCUUUCUGCUUCAGGGAAGCUGCCGCAGGGGCUGGGGGACAGAGCUUAGGAGCAGCUGCAGUGGGCUCCAGGUGGGCCAGGAGCCUGCAGUGAGGGGAUCUGAGACAGUUGGCAUUGGGUCCUGUGUAAGGAAGGUCUUGCUAAUGGUUGGAACUGCUGGUGGUGGGAGAGAGAAGCACUGCGUGGGCAGAAAGCGCCCUUGGGAUACCAGCUCCCUUCCGUGUCACUCAGCCCUGGUCCUUGAUGACCCCCCUCUAGGACAAGGCAACUCCCCAGGGCCCCACCACCACUGACCACAGGAGCAGUGCCCAGCACCCAGGAGUUCCCCAAGGGUCCAGGUUUGUGCUUCCCACACUCACACACCCACACUCACACCCACACCCACACCUACACUCAUACACACACACACUCACACACUCACACUCACACCCACACUCACACCCACACCCACACUCACACCCACACCCACACUCACACCCACACCCACACCCACACUCACACCCACACCCACACUCACACCCACACUCACACCCACACUCACACCCUCACACUCACACCCACACUCACACCCACACCUACACUCAUACUCACACUCACGCCCACACUCACACACUCACACCCACACACACCCACACCCACACUCACACCCACACCCACACUCACACCCACACCCACACUCACACCCACACCCUCACGCUCACACCCACACCUACACUCAUACACCUACACUCACACACCCACACCUACACUCAUACACCUACACUCAUACACCCACACCCACACUCACACUCACACCCACACCCACACACACACCCACCCACACCCACACUCACACCCACACCCACACUCACACAGGCUCAUGGAAGGCCACACUUGUUUUGGUCUCUUUCCCCUCCAAACCCACAGUUUGAGCCAAAGCUGUGCGUGUGUUCAGAGCUCCUGAACAGCAGCCUCCUGUGUAAAUUGAACCCUGCCCCACGCAGUUUGUUCUUAGAGAUGGUAUCUUUGUGAGGGACAAGGAGCCCCCAGUCACUGGGAAGAGGAAUUUUUUGGCCUCUGUACUCCUUAGAGGACCUAACUGCCCCAGUCAGAUGCCCUGACUCUUUGUGGCAUCUGGGACUCCCUGCAGAUGGAGACGUUGGUGGGGGGUACCCACCUUGUUGUUGAUGGGGGUACCUAUCUUCCCUGCAUUUUGGAGGAGGGUGGGAGGGGGCCUUCCC